AUAUUCUUGAUGAAAAGUAUUUAUUAAGGAUUGCACGGGGAAUAGAGGCAGACUUGGCCCUUGACCUAGGCAUAUUACUUGACCUCAAAUCUUCAGAUGUUGAAGCUAUUAAAACAAGCAACCAACACAAUUCUCGGAACUGGGUAUUCCAUAUAUUAAACAAGUGGAGGCAAGGACUGAGGAGAGAUGCUGACAAAAUAAGAAUCCUUACAGACGCACUCGAAGAGAUCGGAAAAGUGGACCUUGCAAAUAAAGUCAGAGCAGAAAAACAGCAAUCGCUAGAAUCUCGACACCCUACGACCAGCAUACCCUCAUCCAUAGAAUCAUUUACACAGGAACGAUGCGACUUCAUGAAAAUCGGAUACACGUGUACAAUGUUGGGCCAAGAUAUGAAGUUUACAAUUCCAAAAAACGAUAUAGAAACUCUACGAAUUGUGCUGACAACUAUAGAAAAGAUGCGCUUAAACGAUGCACAAGUUUUACAACAGCAACAAGCUACAGGCAGGGGCUUCGCAAAGUUUUCGCACAAUAUAUAUGGGGCUUUAUCGGAGCUUCAUAAAAGACAAACAGUACAGAGAAGAAUGAGACGCCGGUAUGGAGUUGACUUUCUUGACUUCUACUUUGGAUCUAUAGUACUUCAGUUGAAGAUCGUGGAUCGAAGACUAGCCGCGAAAUUGAUUGAGGAUUUCCACAGUGGGAAGUUAACUUUGGAACUUGUAACAGAGUUAAUUCCAGAAGAAAUUAGGAUGAAAUAUAACGGGUCUUACGUUCAAGUGACGCUAACAAUAGAUGGCGAAUUAGUGCAACAGUGUCUGUCACAGGAUCAGGCGGUACAGGACCAAUAUGGUGGAGCAUUAGCAUCUACGAUCGAUCAAAAAUUGACUUGUAUUAGUACUAAUCUGGAAAAACUAGGCCUAUCGAAAGUUCAGAAAAAAGGGCAGCUUGAGGAGACAGGAGAGAAAGAUGGCACGACUAAAGAUGUAGCAGUAAGAGAGGCAACUGAUGUAGAAAUAUCUGAUAUGAAUAUUCAGCCCGGUCCAACUACAAGCCCAGAUGAAGAUCCAUCCGAGAAAGAAAAAGAAAUGAUGG